GGAUUAUUAUCCACUCCAUCAGUUUAUUCCCAAAACUGGCCCAAAUCCUCGGAGAAAACUGAAAUGUUGAUUCUCUUCUUCCCCUCCCUCCCUCCGUUCUUGAAUGAAUGCUUUUGAGCGAUUUCUUGCUGUUAUUUUGUUUAUUUCGUGGGUGAAUGAUUCAAUUCAUUACUGGAGUUGCAAGAAUCCCUGAUUUUCAUCCGCAGAGAUUGUUGCAGAAGGUUGAAGAAGAAAGAAAAGAGUAAUGGAAGGGGGUGGGGCAGAUGAGAGUGGGAGCUCGUCAGUGGCCUCACUGGUGAAGUGGAGAAGGGAGUUUUCCGGGAGGUUUCAGUACUACUUGGACAGAUCUGUUCCUUAUACGGCUGAGAGGUGGAUGGGAACCCUAGCUGCUGCGUCCGUUUAUGUGCUUCGAGUUUACUGUGUCCGUGGCUUUCAUAUUAUAUCAUAUGGUGUUGGAACCUAUCUCUUGAAUCUGCUGAUUGGGUUCCUGUCCCCGAAAUAUGAUCCUGAACUUGAAGCUCUGGAUGGUCACACCAGAGAUUCUGAUGAGUAUAAGCCGUUUGUUCGCCGUCUCCCUGAGUUCCUGCUGUGGUAUGCAACCACAAAGGCAUUCGUUGUAGCGUUUUUCAUGACCUUCUGUUCAGUGUUUGACGUUCCGGUCUUCUGGCCAAUAUUGCUUUGUUAUUGGAUUGUGCUUUUCGUUCUCACCAUGAAACGCCAGAUAACGCACAUGAUCAAGUACAAGUAUGUGCCCUUUGGCUAUGGAAAACUGAGAUACACUCGGAAGAAAUCUGCUGCAAGCAAUAGUGGCUCAUCAAGGGAUUGAAAUUUGCCAGUACUCAUUAUAUUUUGUUGUUUUUAAGAUUAUCUUUAGAUAAAUGAGCAUAAAGAGAAAAGUGAACAACACAAAAAACAGAGAGCACAAAAGCUUUUGAAGGCAGUUUGAAUGGCCAAUGCCAGAUUACAUUACCACAGGGAUAUCUUCUCUCUUGGGAAAACUUCCGGUUAGUGUUUCUUAAUUUCAACCUGAAAGAUAGCCCUUUAGUACUCUGUGAUUUUAUAAUACAUGGUUUGCAUGUUUAUAUUUAUUCUUAUGUACAAGUGCUUGUUGUGAUUGUUCAUUACUUUAAAAACCCC